CACAUCAGCUCAUCUGGCAUUUCAUUACUGAACCAGUUCUGAAGAGUUUGUCUUUUAAUAUUUGUGGACCGAAACCGUUGAAGAUGCUUCAUAUAUGUUGGUUCUGUUUGUGUUUGUGGCAUCUUGUUGGUGUGUUCGGUGAGUCAGUGUCAGUGACGGAGGGAGAUCCAGUCACUCUACACACUGGUCUUCAUAAAAGGAUGGAUGAUGAUGUGAUUCAGUGGAUGUUCGGAUAUAAAAGCAUAGCUAAAAUUUGCAUAGCAAAUGGAAGAAUAACUGUAAAUUAUGUUCUUAAUGGGAGAUUCAGAGACAGACUGAAGCUGGACAAUCAAACUGGAUCUCUGACCAUCACAAACACCAGACCUGAACACACUGGAGUUUAUGAACUACAGACCAACUGUUUGAGAAAGAGUUUCAUUCUCACUGUGCAACGUUGUUCUUCAUGCAUAAUUGGUGAUGUAGACGAUAUAUCAGUGGUGGAGGGAUAUCAGUUCACUUUAGCCCCUAGUCAUACUGAAAUGAUCGUUAAUAAUGUGAUUCAGUGGAGGUUUGUACCUCCAAACGCUUUACUAGCUGAAAUCAAUAAACAGACCAACAGAAUUGCUGUAUAUGAUGAUGUUCUUGAUGGGAGAUUCAGAGACAGACUGAAGCUGGACAAUCAAACUGGAUCUCUGACCAUCACAAACAUCACAACUGAACACACUGGAGUUUUUGAAGUACAGAACAACAAUGUGAGAAAGAGUUAUAUUUUCACUGUUAACGCUCCACUGCCUGUUUCUGUCAUCAGCACAGACUGUCCAGCAUCAUCAUCAGGAUCUCAUCCCAAUCCCAUCAGCAACCAGACUCAACAUCUGGACAUCAGCAAGUUCUGUCACACGUGUUCAGACUCUGUCCACUGUUGUGGUUAUACUGAAUCUGUGAUCCGAUUGGUCCUCUCUGCUCUGGUGGGCGUGGCUACUGUCAUUAUUCUGGUUUAUGACAUCAGAUCUAGAAGAACUGAACAAGAGGUGUGCUCGACUCAGUGCCGGCCCGUCCAACAGGCGGUAAAAGCGGGAGGGUCCCAUGGCUGUGGGAUUGUCAGUUGAAUUUUUAGGUUUGUUGGACUUGAAGCGGCUCAGACAGAUCAGUGUAUGACUUUAAAGUACCGCAAGAGCUAUAGAGAGCAGACGAAUCUACAUGCUUUCAAAUCGCUCUCGCGUUACUUUGAUGUCAUACAUCGAUCGAUCUGCACAGCGCCGUUUCAAGCUAAACACACCUUCUGACUUUGUAUCUGAUGCACCAGGGAUGCACAGUGCAACACAGCCGUUCUAUGUCAAACGUAGGGAAAAAUUGGUCUGUGAGAUUAAUAAAUUUACUACAGUAGCAUGCGUGCAUGAGUUUAAGCCUGUUUACAAAACUUGUCCAACAAAGAGAACAUUUAUUGAUGUUUUUGCUCCAAAUUCAUUUCAUAAUAACAUUAGUCGAGUGUUUGAAUAAUUUCCUUUUGUGAUGUGGUUUCAUAUCGCAGAAUAAGGCAAAAUCAUUAUUUUAUAUAUUCUAUACAGUGAUAAAGGUUAUGUUGAUUAGCAUUGCAUUAGAAAUAUAUUUUAUUCAUAUAAAAUACCUGACAUGGCUUGAAGAACAGACAUAAAAAAUGUAGUUGCAAUUGUAUCUUCAUGUGUUAUCAGUUAAAACAUCUCUGUCUUUAUUUUAUUGAGCUACAGUGAUAAAUAAAGAAAAGGUUUGUCUGAAAACCUUUCUUGUUACAGUUCAGAUUUUGUGUGCAGAUUUUUGUUAUGGUUUAGAUUUUGGAAAUGACUGGAUAUUGUCUCAGAAUAGUCUCUCAUAAUGUCAUGGUCUCUUUACACAGCAAUGCUAUUUUUAAUUAAUUUGAAAUGAAAGAAUGAUAGGGAGUUUAAAGUGAAGUUAUGGUAGAAAUUGAAUCCAAACAGUAUCUUUCCGGACUUAACCCACCAUCUAAUGUCCAAAGCAAUAGAUUUUUUUGUGAUCAUCAAUCAGGUGAUAUCUUAAAAAAAUAAGCAGAAUAGCCUCCAUUUCUGGUCAUUUAUGCAUAUUUGUAUGUUUAUUUUGUUUAUGCUCUGUUUAUUUUUAGUUAUUUUUAUGUAUAGUUUUUCUUUCGACAAUAAUAAACGGGCAGUUUAUUCCAAACAUCACUUCUUUGCUGAAACCAUUACACAAGUUGUUGUGUCACAAGAAUAAUUGGAGGUGUACGUCUGAAUGCCAGGUGACAUGCAAAAGGGCAAAAGAGACACUGUUUAGAUCCAAAGCCCAGGCUCAUUUUGAUUCUGCAUCAAGUACCAAAAGUCUGAAUUGUAUAGUAAAGCAGACAGGCUUCAGUCGAGUGGACAGUGCUCCUGUAACAGCUGUGCAGGUACUUAAGGGCACAUGCAACAACCCAGUGCUGUCCAGGGUUAUGGGAAUCGUCAUGAGAGGCAAACGUGAGAGUGGAAGUGGAAGUGAAAUGGUUCCUCUCUCAACAUCAUGAACUUUCAGUGUGGGAAGGAGAGUGAUUAUUCCACUGGCUCUACGCAAACCAGUGCUAUAACUGGACACUGUGGAAUGAAAAGAGUAUACUGAUAUACUGAUAAAAAAUGUAUAGCCUGAAUGCACUGUAAGUCGCUUUGGAUAAAAGCGUCUGCUAAAUGCAUAAAUGUAAAUGUAAGAGAUUGCCAGGAGUUGCUUUUGGUGGCCAGGAGUGGAUGGCCAAGUUGAGGAAAAGACUAGGACAUGUACAUCAUGCCAAAGUAUACGCAAUGUACCACACCUGGCACCGCCGCACCCGUGGGAGUAUCCUGAGAAACCAUGGCAUUGCAUAUAUUCUGAUUUUGCAGGGGUUUAGGCUAGAAGGUAUACGUAUGGCACUACUGGGCAUGCACACAUCAAUACAGCAUAAU